GCAGCGGCGGAUCCAGCCCGGGAGCUCCCCGUACCGGGCACUGCUGGGCUCGCUGGAGCUGGGCCCCGACACGGCCAGGAUCCAGCUGCUCAACGAGGCCACCCAGGUGCCGCUGCUGCUGGAGGUCUGGGGGCUCACUGGCAAUGUCACUGUCCCUGUCCCUGUCCCCACAGGUGCCACUGCUGCUGGAGGUCUGGGGGCUCACUGGCAAUGUCACUCGGCUGCGCAUCCAGGAGCUGGCCCCGCUGCGACCCCGGUACCAGGUGCCCGACGUGCUGCUGGGGGAGCUGCCCGCUGAGAGGCUGGAGGUGACAGGCCGUGACGAGGGCACGCUGGAGCUGUCCCUGGGCCCCGGGGGCCACCGGCUGCUGGUGACGGAGCGGCCGUUCCGCCUGGACCUGCUGCGGCACCGGGAGCUGCUCUGCAGCGUCAACGCCCGCGGCCUCCUCGUCUUCGAGCACCAGCGGCGCCGCCGGGACUCUCUGGCGGAUAAAGUUAGUUCUGUGUGGGAUAAGAUCAAGAGCCUUUUCCGUAGGGACCCCCCCAAGGACCCCCUGGGCGAGGAGGGGGCGGCGCAGGAGGGGCCCGAGGACGGCGCUGGCAGCACCCAGAGCGAGAAGCCCGCGGAGCCCCCGGCAGAGCCCGAGGAGGAGCCGGGGACGUGGGAGGAGACGUUCAAGACGCACACGGACAGCAAACCCUACGGACCCACCUCGGUGGGGUUGGAUUUCUCCCUGCCCGGGUUUGAGCACGUGUACGGCAUCCCCGAGCACGCCGAGAGCCUGCGGCUGCGGCCCACCGAGGGGAUGACUCCAGGGGGGGUCCAGGUCCCCCCAAAAUUCGGGGUCCUGGGGGUGCCCCCUGUCCCUGUGGCCCCCCCGCCCCCCUCUUUGGGGCACCCCAGGACCCCAAAUUCCCACAGGGACCCCCCCAAGGACCCCCUGGGCGAGGAGGGGGCGGCGCAGGAGGGGCCCGAGGACGGCGCUGGCAGCACCCAGAGCGAGAAGCCCGCGGAGCCCCCGGCAGAGCCCGAGGAGGAGCCGGGGACGUGGGAGGAGACGUUCAAGACGCACACGGACAGCAAACCCUACGGACCCACCUCGGUGGGGUUGGAUUUCUCCCUGCCCGGGUUUGAGCACGUGUACGGCAUCCCCGAGCACGCCGAGAGCCUGCGGCUGCGGCCCACCGAGGGGGGUGACCCGUACCGCCUGUACAACCUGGACGUGUUCCAGUACGAGGUGUUCACGCCCAUGGCUCUGUACGGCUCCGUGCCGCUGCUGCUCGCCCACCGGCCCCGCCUCAGCCUCGGCCUCUUCUGGCUCAACGCCGCCGAGACCUGGGUGGACAUCGGCUCCAACACGGCCGGCAAGACCCUUUUUGGGAAGCUGCUGGAUUACAUGCAGGGGGGGGGUGAGACCCCCCAGACCGAGGUGCGCUGGAUGUCCGAGAGCGGCGUCAUCGACGUCUUCCUGCUGCUGGGGCCGGGGCCCGCCGAUGUCACCGCCCAGUACGGGAGACUGACAGGCACGCAGGCUCUGCCCCCCCUGUUCUCCCUGGGCUACCACCAGAGCCGCUGGAAUUACCAGGACGAGGCGGACGUGGAGGCCGUGGAGAGGGGAUUCGAGGAGCACGAGCUGCCCCUGGACGUGCUCUGGCUGGACAUCGAGCACGCCGACGGCAAGCGCUACUUCACCUGGGACCCCGCCAAAUUCCCCAAUCCUCGGGGGAUGCUAGAGUGCCUGGUGGCCCGGAAAUGCAGGAUGGUCAGCAUCGUGGACCCUCACAUCAAGGUGGACGGGGGGUACCGGGUGCACGCGGAGCUGCGGGCUCGAGGCCUCUACGUCAAAACCAAGGAUGGCAACGACUACGAGGGCUGGUGCUGGCCUGGCUCCUCGGCGUACCCCGACUUCACGAACCCCGAGAUGCGCGAGUGGUGGGCGAACAUGUUUGCCUACGACCAGUAUGAGGGCUCCACGGAGGCGCUGUUCACGUGGAACGACAUGAACGAGCCGUCGGUGUUCAGCGGCCCCGAGGUGACGAUGCACAAGGACGCGCGGCACUUCGGGGGCUGGGAGCACCGUGAGCUGCACAACCUCUACGGGCUCUACGUGCAAAAGGCCACGGCCGAGGGGCAGAUCCGGCGCUCGGGGGGCCGGCACCGGCCCUUCGUGCUCAGCCGCGCCUUCUUCGCCGGCUCCCAGCGCUACGGUGCGGUUUGGACAGGGGACAACACGGCUGACUGGGAGCACCUGCGGAUCUCCAUCCCCAUGUGCCUGAGCUUCGGGCUGGCAGGGCUGGCCUUCUGCGGGGCGGACGUGGGCGGCUUUUUCCAGAACCCGGGCCCGGAGCUGCAGGUGCGCUGGUACCAGGCCGGGGCCUUCCAGCCCUUCUUCCGCGCCCACGCGCACCUGGACACGGCGCGGCGCGAGCCCUGGCUGCUGAGCCCCGAGCACCUGGCGCUGGUCAGGAGCGCGCUGCGGCGCCGCUACGCCCUGCUGCCCACCUGGUACACGGCCUUCUACCACUGCCACCGCCAGGGCGUCCCCGUCAUGAGGCCCCUGUGGAUGGAAUUCCCAGAUGACCCCCAGACCUUUGCCAUGGAUGACCAGUACCUGCUCGACCGGGUGCUCCUGGUGCACCCCGUGACGGAGCCGGGUGCCCGUGGGGUCAACGUGUACCUGCCUGGGGAGGGAGAGGUCUGGUACAAUGACGAGACGCACGAGCAGCACCGGGCGCCCCAGACCCUCUAUGUGCCCGUCACCCUCAGCACCAUCCCGGUGUUCCAGCGGGGUGGGACGGUGAUCCCACGCCAGGACCGGCCUCGCCGCUCCACCGAGGCCAUGAGGGACGACCCCUUCACCCUCUACGUGGCCCUGAGCCCCCAGGGCACGGCACAGGGCGAUCUGUUCCUGGAUGAUGGGGUCAGCUUUGACUAUGACACCAAAAACGCAUUCCUGCACCGGCACUUCAGCUUCGCCAACGGCACCCUCACCUCCAGCUCUGCUGACCCCCGCGGGUCCAUGUCCACCCCGGCCUGGCUGGAGAGAGUGGUCAUCCUGGGGGUGGGGCGGCCGGAGAGCGCCCUGCUGACCACACACGACGGUUCCCAGACCCCGCUGCAUUUCCAGCACGACCCCGAGCGCUCGGUGCUGACCCUGCGGCGCCCGGGGGUCCCCAUCGGGGCUGACUGGAGCAUCUCCCUGCGAUAAUGGACGGGGGGGGCCCCCGGACCCCCCCCAAAAUCCC